CGCGUGGUGCUGAACGGACAGCUCCACCGCGCGAGCCUUCCAGCUUCAUCCAAUCACGCCGCGCCACAAGGUUGCCAGGUAUACGCGAAGGAAUAAUAAAAAAAAAUCUUUAAAGAUGACACAAUUCUUGACUUUAACUAAUAAAAAAAAACAACCUUGCAAUUAUUUAACGUGACGUCACACAAUGCGUAAGUGGGAACUGUAUUUUUUAUUUAUUUAUGUAUUUAUCUUAUUUUAUUUUAUUUUAUUUUUUACAUGGAAACAAGACAAACAGGGGAUGAGCCUAUUGUACUUUUUAGUAAAGGGGUUUUCAAAAGUUUUUCAACCAGGUGACGAGAUUUCCACCAGUGAAAGAAGCACAGGUGUAGAAUAAUAAAGAAGACCGUUCUAGAGUUAGAGGUGGCAUCAAACAUCAGUCAUGUCUGAUCCCCUGAAGCUUUGAUUACAUAAUUUUAAUCCUUUCACGCUUAAUUUAUUUUAAAAAAAUCCAUACUCUGUAGAUAAUAUUGCAUUUUAUAAGAAUUUUGACCUUUUUUUAAAAUAUCACUUUCCUGUAAGACUCCAGCGCUUUAUUAUCGCAGGAUAAGCAGGAUGUGAUUUAAAUAUGUGAUUAAAACAUAAAAUAAUAUGUUGAUCUGCUCUCCAUGAGGAGGAUUUCAUGAGGAUUCCAGCCGCAUCCUGAGCUCCGGAGCGCGCGGCGGCGCCAGACCUCUAUCCCGGGAGUGGGCGGGGCUUCCUGCGGCGGAAACAUGGCGGCUACCAUGGAAGAUGAACUAGACACGGGCAACGACGAUUAUUAUUCCCUGUUGAACGUGAGGAGAGAGGCGACUCAGGAAGAGCUGAAGUCCUCGUACCGGCGACUGUGCAUGCUCUACCAUCCAGAUAAGCACAGAGACCCUGAACUCAAGAGGCAGGCUGAGCAGCUGUUCAACCUUGUUCACCGGGCAUAUGAAGUUCUUACUGACCCCCAGGCUCGAGCUGUAUAUGACAUUUUUGGGAAAAAAGGCCUGGAAGUGGAAGGAUGGGAGGUGGUGGAGAGGAAGAAGACGCCUGCGGAGAUCAGGGAGGAGUACGAGCGUCUGCAGAGGGAGAGGGACGAGAGGAGGCUACAGCAGAGGACCAAUCCCAAGGGGACCAUCAGCGUAGGAAUAGACGCCACAGACCUGUUUGAUCGUUACGAAGAAGACUUCGAGGAGAUGCCAGGAGGAGGGGGGUUCCCUCACAUCGAGAUAAACAGGAUGCACAUAUCGCAGUCUGUUGAGGCGCCGCUGACUACGACGGACACGGCCGUCCUUUCAGGCUCUCUGACCACGCACAACGGUAACGGCGGAGGUAAUAUCAACCUGUGUCUGAGACGAGUCACCUCGACACGUGGCUGGGGAGAGCUGGAGUUCGGAGCCGGAGACAUCCGAGGGCCCCUUUUUGGAAUGAAAGUGUUUCGGAAUGUCACUACACGAUGCUUCGUGACUGCGCAGUGCGGCGUGCAGUUCUCCUCACGAGGCGUGCGGCCGAGCGCCGGCACCAUGAUGGCACGUCACCUGGACCAGAACACGAUGGGCUACCUGCAGUGGCGCUGGGGCACCGAUUCGGCCAUGACCACCAGCAUCGUCCGAGACACCAAGACCAGCCACUUCACCCUGGCGCUCCAGCUCGGCAUGCCUCAUUCUUACCUGAUGAUGAGCUACCAGUACAAAUUCCAAGAUGAAGACCAAACCAAGGUCAAGGGUUCUGUCAAGACCGGGUUUUUUGGGACGGUGGUGGAAUACGGCGCUGAGAGGAAGAUCAGCAGACACAGCGUUCUCUCUGCGACGGUCAGCAUUGGGGUGCCUCAAGGAGUCUCUCUGAAAAUCAGGUUAAACCGAGCCAGCCAGACGUACCUUUUCCCCAUCCACCUGACAGACCAGAUCUUACCCAGCGCUGUGUUUUACGCCACCGUCGGCCCUCUGGUCGUCUACUUAGCAGUUCAGAAGCUUAUAAUCAACCCCUACGUACACGCCCAGAAGGAACAGGAGUUGGAGAAGCACAGAGUGAACUCGGCCACUGAUAUAGCCAAGAAGAGGCAGGAGGCUGAAUCUGCUGUUGUACUGAUGCAGGAGUCAGUGCGAAGAAUCAUCGAAGCAGAAGAAUCCAAAAUGGGUCUCAUCAUCUUAAACGCCUGGUAUGGCAAGUUUGUGAUGAACACUAGCCAGAAGCAGGAACGAGCGAAGGUCAUCGACGUGACCGUGCCUCUGCAGUGUCUGGUGAAAGAUUCCAAACUCAUCCUCACCGAGGCGUCAAAGGCGGGGUUGCCCGGUUUCUACGACCCGUGUGUGGGAGAAGAAAAGAGCCUGAAGCUGCUUUACCAGUUCAGAGGAGUCCUGCACCAAGUGCUGUCCGGAGACACCGAAGCUCUUCGGAUACCCAAGCAAUCUCACAGGAUAGACGCCGAGACGUAGGAGCCUGCCCCAGAUGCGCCAGACAGACGGACGACGGAUGACGGACGUCGGCCGAAGGGAAGUCCGAAGGGCUGUCCGAUUAUUCCCGUCGUGAAUUUGAGUGUGUGUAAACCCCGCCCACUUUUCCCCUAACCCUGUAUCUCAGCAGCAUAUCCACGAUGAAGAGAUUUUAGAAAAGAAGUUCAUGCAGAGCGAGAGAUCUGGAGUCGGAUUUGUAAAACCGAAUCCGGAACGUCGGACAGAUUUGAGGUGACGUGAGCAGACUUUGACAGGAAGUCAGGGAGGAAACACGUAUUAGCAUUUAAAAGAGGCAUUUGCGUGUGAGCUACGCCAUGCCACACCUCCUACCGAGUUACUACUGAAAGCUUAAAGAGCGCUCGAUUAUAACCGUGUAUAAUUUCUCACUUUCUGUCAAAAAAUUUUCCCAUCUCAGCAAUUUUAUGGGAUCAUAUGCACUCUAGAGAGCGAGAGCACUUACCUGGACGAGUGCAACUUUUCACACGCUCGGUUUAUUUGUGCCUGCAUCUGCAUUUAGAGUUGGCUCUAAAACAAAAAACCUGAUUUCUCAGCAUGCUAACAGCUUCUCUUAACUUUGUUGAGCUACAAAAAUAAAAUAAAGAGAGAAUUGUCCAUGCUCUGUCUGAGUGGGAGGGGCAUAUUCUCUCGCCUGUCAAUCACAGCAGCACUAGCCAAUCGUGAGUGAGUGUGAGAGAUCAUGUAUGCGAAAGAGGACAGACAUCGCUUUCCUCAGUUGGAAAAGACGAGGCUUUACGAGUCUUGGAGGAAUCCUUUAUCUGUCCUCAUUUGGGGGCAGCUGUCGUAGGGCAGAUGUGGCUGGUGGGAGGGAUUUGUUAGGUGACCAUGUUGUGUAACACACUUCACCACAGUGGGUUAACAACAGUUAAUAAGCUGAUGAGAUAAUGACAUCAGACUACAUUAGAUUAGAUUCGUCUUAUUUCUUAACUCUUGCUCUAUAACAGUUUACAGAAACAGAAGUAACAAAAAUAGACCACGAAGAGUCAUGUGUAGAUUCACAGGAAGUGCAGUCUGCCCUCUUCCACAUACGUAUAUCAGUAGCCUUUUUAGACGAAUGUCACGAUAUCAGGGUUUGGGAAAAAUAUCCUGGAACAAAAACAUUGGGCUUUUAGGUAGUUAUAUAAAAAUGUUUUAAAAUAUGUAUAAGCCUAUGUAUGAUGUUUGUUGAGUGGAUCCGAAGAUCGCAUUAUAGAGAAGAUCUGUGAUUAUUCCGCAUGUCAUAUAUAUUUAUCCAUAGCUAUUUAUCACCUUUCACAUUUAUGAAACAUUAUUUUGCACAAAUGGAGCCAGAGCGAAGGAUCUGAAUGUCUUAAUAGAUGGUACAGCGUUUACUGACACACUUGAGAACCUGAAACGAAUUCUGUUCAGAAUUUUUCCCCUCUCAAAUGUGACGUUAUAACUUUAGUCGAAAUUUAUACACAAGUAGCAUUGAAUACGUUUCAUGUACUAUUUAUUAAAACUUAAUAUAUGAUUAUUUUCAUCCUGAUUCUUUUGUCAGUUCCGUUUCUACUGUGAUUAGUUAAAUACUGUAUUUAUUAUUAUUAUUAUUAUUAUUAUUAUUUUAUCUCACAGAUGCAUGCACAGUUCUGGUUAUUGUAUUUAAAUAUAACUGGACCCUCUAAACUGGGCCAAGAGUACAAGAAUAGCACUAAUGAUUCGUUUUUUAUUGUGUACUUUUUGUUUUGUUUGCUUUACAGAAACAGAAAUGAACCUUUUAGGCAGGCUAGAAGUGUCUCAUUUUCAGUUUAAAGCACAGCAAGUGAGCCAGGGGAGAAUAAAGUUCCUGAAAACGUAUAAAUAUGCGAAUGAAUCGUUAAUGUGUCGUUUGAGAACGAGUCGAUUCAUUGAUUCGACUCUUUGAUUCUUUUCUUUUUGAUUUCUUUUUUUUUUUUUUUAAAUUAAUUAAUUUUCCACUUCAAUUUUUGUAGCUGUAGGCAGUGCACUUUCCUCUCGCAGUGUGACUUUGAUCAAAAUAUUUCCUUCAUUUCAACAGAGGAGCUGUUCAUAGCGAGAAUUCGUUCAUCUUCAGUAAGCUCUUUAUCCUGGUCACGGUCACAGAUCUCAAAUCAAUAUACAUUUUUUUUUUUUUAAUGUCCUCUUUCGGUUCAAGUGUCUGACCUGCAACCUUUCCAAGGCUUUCAGAUACGACAAAAAUAUCCUCUUGCCCUACAUGAAGAUGUUUCUUUAAUUCAUGAUACGUGUCACAGUGUGUUAUUUUGCUACGAACGGGACACAAAACAGUCACGUCUUGUUUUAAGGUUAUAUUUAACAUCCAAAUAGUUACGAUUUCCAUUUGAAUGUAACUUAGAUGCAUCCGAAAUCCAAAGUUAUUAUGAUAUGGAUGUUUAUUGCCCAUCAUUUAUUCUAAAAACCUCCUUUUAUAUCACCAAUCCUUUUAGAAGAGUCGAUUCUUAUCGGUGAGUCAAAUGACUCACAUGAAUCAACAGCAUUUUAUAGAUCGAUUCGUAACCAUAACUGUGCAUUAAAGUCAACAUUUUAUCUCGUUCUGUCAGCACCUUCAUCCUCACCCAGGUUCAUGAAGGUUUUUUUAACUUUAAAUCCCGAUUUCUUCACUGUGAACGUCCUUAUGUUUAACGUAGCAGUCUCUAUACGUUCGUGUAUGAAAGCUGAUGUAGAGGUGAAUUAUAAGUAAACAUUAAAAUGUGAAUGGUUACA